UCAGGUUCACGAGUCGUGGAAGGCAGGAUGAGCAUCUGAGACGAAUGCCGCAGGCACAGAUGCAACCCAACACCUGGUCAAAUCCUCCUCCUCAACAUCAAGGCUCCAGUAUGCAGGCACCUCGUCAAGCUAAUCCUUCAUACUAUUCACCUGCACAAUACGCUCCUGCACAACAUGCUCCUGCACAACGUCCCCCUGCUCAUUAUGCCCCCGCGCAACAUUCCCCUGCACAGUACGCUCCCGCGCAACAUGCCCCUGCGCAACAUGCCCCCGCACAACGUCCUCCUGCUCAGUAUGCCCCUGCGCAACAUUCCCCCGCACAGUACGCUCCUGCGCAACAUGCCUCCGCACAACGUCCCCCUGUUCAGUAUGCUCCUGCGCAACAUGCUCCUUCGCAACGUCCCCCCGCACAGUACCCACCCGCACAGUACCCCGCACCUCAGUUUCCUCCCGCACAUUACCCAUCUCAGUUUCCUCCCGCACAAUACCCACCAGGCCCUCCAGGGCGAAGGUGAGGGAUGGUUUAGGCUUUAGGUAUCCAUCAUUCGCGGUGUGACUGCUACGACUCCCACACGUCAGGUGUAACAAUGUAUUCCGGUUAUCUCAA